UUUACCCAAGUGGAAACUCUGCAUAUAACAUAUGUAUGAAUACUGUACAUAUUCAAUAUAAAUACAUUAGACUUUAAAAUAUUAAAUUAACAAAUUAAUUAUUUUAAAAAUUUACAAUCAAAAGUCGUGAGCGUAAAAAAUCUAACGACAAUCUUCCCAAAGUACCAAAAAUCUGGAAAUUCUAGAUAAAUCGGGUAAUUUAACAUCCCUGAUUGUGUGUUUAGAUUAUGCUGGGAUUUAGCAUUUAAUCUAAAUGUCAAUGCAUGCUGUAUAAUAUAUAGCGAGAUCAAAAAUACUUUUGUAAUGUAUUUAAAUUCAAAGUUGGUAGUACAACAAUAUUUUUGGGGGUGGGUUUUAUAUAUUUUAUUGUAUGUUGAAACAGCUUUUUUCCACGAAUUUAAAGUUAAGCCAAUCGUUUAUAUAGAGCUAAGUUCACAUGGAUUUCAUAGAAAUCUAGCUUAUUUCAUUGAAUUUGAGCACCUAGUUGGAAAGCAAUGUGAAUAUGCAAUAGAACAAAAAUUUUCUUCAGAUGUUUAUGUAAAUGUGGAUCAAUUAAGCUGCAUGGUUCGCCAAAAAAAGUUGGUUGCAUUAUAUCCUUCCUACAUUAAUGAAGAAGUAUCAAGCGGAAAGUCAUUACCGUUUUCUGUUCUAUUAUUCGGUACACCAAAACUUUUUGACAGUGUAAUACUACCUAUUCACUUCAGGUAUCAAAUAGCUCGCAAAACAAAUUUUGUGAAAGUCGAAAUUCAAAAGCCAUCAUUAUAUAUUAAGUGUCAAGUUCAAAAUGACAAAACGAUUAAGAUUUCUCAAAGUAACCACAAAUUUUGUAUUAGGAACACGGAAUUUGUUCCAGACAGAUUUGUAUCGGAUGAGAUUUGUGAUUGGCAUUUGUUAGAUUAUGAAUUGCAUUUAAGAGACGCUUUGGUUGUUAGUGUUCCAGUAGGUGACUCAAAUUUACUUUUAUUCACGUUUUAUGCAACAAUAGGAGUAAGUUGGAUGGGAUGUUUUUCAGUUUUAUGUACAAUUUAUAAAAAAAAUGGGGAAAUUAGCUAAAAAGAUAAUUUGUAUUGACAAAGAGUAAUUAAAAAAAAAUUACAUUCCAAUGGAAAAGCAAAUUUUUAAUUAAAUACAUAUAU